AAUGCAUGUUAUGUCUGCAGUUUUGGCCAGUGUGCAUUUCUAAACACCAAAUGGAGCUUUUUAAGUAUCUAUGUGGCGUGAUUAUGAUUUGUAGCGUUUCUGCACAGCAUAACUGGAUGCAGCCUUGGCAGAAACACCAGGCUUCUCCUCCUCUUCAGCCACAGCUGAAUGUCCUUUCAGUUUCCGUUGAUAAAUGUCAUGUGGAGGAGAGCGAGAAGAUCCAUUGUGGCACUCCAGAUAUCACCUCUGAGCAGUGUGAGAACAUCAACUGCUGCUUUGAUGGGCACCAAUGCUACUAUGGGAAAGCAGUGACUGUGCAGUGUACCAGGGAUGGCCAGUUUAUCAUUGUUGUAGCUAGAGAUGCUACUCUGCCACCCAUUGAUGUGAAUUCCAUCAGCCUGCUUGAUGGAAAUGAUGCAGUCUGUGGUCCAGUUGAUGGCACAUCAUCCUUUGCUGUCUUUCAGUUCCCUGUCACAGCUUGUGGCACUACACUAAAGGAUGAGGAGGGAUAUGUGGUCUAUGAAAACCACAUGUCGUCAUCCUAUGAAGUGGGACUUGGACCCAGAGGAUCAAUUACCAGGGACAGCCAUUUUGAGUUGUUGUUCCAGUGCAAGUAUUCCAGUUCAGCUGUGGAGGCCCUUGUCAUGGAGGUGAAUCCUCUUCCUCCCCCUGUAUCAAUUGCAGCAGCAGGGCCCUUAAGAGUGGAGCUCCGACUAGGCAAUGGACAAUGCCAUGCAAAAGGAUGUGUGGAAGGUGAGAGGCAUGAACUUAAUGAUACACUGCUACAUAAUUGGUUUACUGAAACUGUCUUCAUUGCAGAGGAGGAAGCAUACAGCUCAUUCUACACACUAUCGGACUACCCAAUAACUAAAUUGCUGAGGGAACCAGUCUAUGUUGAGGUGCAUCUCCUGGAGAGGUCUGACCCCAACAUUAUCCUGAAUUUGGAACGCUGCUGGGCUACCGCCACCCCAAAUCCUCAAAGCCUCCCACAGUGGGACCUUCUGGUUAAUGGGUGUCCUUACAGUGAUGACCGAUACAUGACCACAUUGGUUCCUGUGGACAGCUCUUCUGGUCUCGAGUACCCUACCCACUACAAACGUUUCAUCAGCAAGAUGUUUACAUUUGUGGCUCCAGAUACCUUUGCUGCUCAGAAAGAAACGGUCUUCAUUCACUGUGCCACAGCUGUAUGUUAUCCAAGCAGCAUAAACUCCUGUGAGCAACACUGCCAUCGCCAACGAAGAGCUGCUGUAAAUGUUUCUUCAAGCCAAAGGUCUCUGGUUUCCAGUGGUGAAGUGAUUCUAUUAGAUGCCAUGUCUUGAGAUAGUCUAAUUUUAAAUAAAGCCUUGUUCAAAACAUG